AUGUUAGCAGUUUAUCUGACACAUGAUUUUCUCCCUCGGUAUGGAGACGAACAAUGGACACGAGGCCUAUUGCUCAUCACAACUCAGAACACUUCAUCCAUCCCCUCUGAAAGCUCCUUUGUCUCUCACAUUUCAGUGAGCGAGGGCAUGGUGCCCACAGAUGCCUGUUGCUUUUUAGCGAAGGUUUCUGGGAUUGGACAACUGGGAGUAGAAAAUGAAGUAGCGAAGGCAUUAGAUUACCAACCUCCCGCGCUGGCUAGUGCAGCCGUGUACGUCCAAAAGAUUCGACAAAGUCAAGUUGGUAGAGACUUCGGAUGGAAGAAGUAUUUAGAAAAGCUUGAAAAAGGUAUGAGAACCAUCACUGAAAAGGAACUUACAAAAACCAACCCAAGUUACAAGAAAUCCAUGACUGUGGCAACAAGGCUGGCCAUUGAAAGAGCGUUAAACAAUGACGCUGUUUUAAAAAGCGCAUUUACACUCCUCUCUCUGUGUUCCCCACAACCUUUGCAUCUAGACAUAGUUAUAAAUUACAUUUUGAAUGACAACAAUCUGCAUUUGGAUAAAGAAGAAAUCGCUCUUCAGAUCCAAGGCUACUCUCUUCUUAUGUUCGAAGAAAGAGAAAAAGGAAUUUUUGCUAGUGUGCAUCGAGUUGUGCAUGAGGUAAGCAAAUCUGUAAUCAACGAGUGUCGGGAGCAUAAUGAACACGUUCAAAGUGUUGCACUAGCUGUAAUGUCCUUUAACCAAUUCAUAGACUCUUUCCUACCACAGACGUGGAACGAGCAAAACUCUGUUUGUGACAGCGAGCAUUUCAUUUCACACUUGUGUGCGUUAGCUUUCAAAGUUGAAAACCUCUUUCUUCUCGCAGAUAAAUAUCGAGUGAUCAAGGAAGGUGUCUUCAACCAUUCCGAUCUAUUAGAAUAUUUCAGAAGGUUUGCGAUAAUUUGUCGGAAUCACUCCGAAUUUUCAGGGGCAAAAGUUUACUGUGAAACAGCUUUGAAACUGGUUGAAAAUAUUAAAGCUUCUGAAGGUGGGGAUCGUGCUGAUAUCUACAGCCUGUUUAGCAUCAUAUUAUGGAAAAUGGGUGAGCUAAAACAAGCGAAAGAGUAUUGUGAGCGUGCUUUAGACAUAAACCUGAAAGAACUCGGACCAAAACAUGUAGCCGUUGUGGCUACUUAUAAUGUUUUGGGACUGGUUAAUCGUGGAUUGGGUGACUUGAAAAGUUCCAAGGAGAAUCAUGAACGUGCUCUAGACAUUCAGCUAAAAAAUCUUGGAACCCAGCACGUUGAUGUGGCAAAUACAUACCAUCAUCUAGGUAAUGUACAGCACAACUUGGGUAACCUGGAUCAGGCCAUGGAGUAUUACGAACGUGCUUUGGAAAUCCAGGUGGAGAAUCUUGGUCAUGAUCAUAUUUACGUGGCGUUUUCAUUCAGCAACAUGGGUGUAGUGGAAAGUGAACUGGGAAACCUUCAGCAAGCCAAGAAAUAUUUUGUACGCACCCUGGACAUAAGGUUGAAGGCACUUGGCACCGAGCAUGUUGAUGUCGCGCGUAGUUACUAUGACUUGGGCGUUGUGCAGUAUGAAUUGGGAGACCUACAAGAGGCUAAAAAGUGUUAUGAACGUGCUCUAAACAUUCGUUUAAAAAAGCUUGGACCCGAGAAAGUUGCUGUCGUGCAUACUCUCUAUGAGUUGGGCGAUGUACAAUGUAAAUUGGGGGAUCUGCAACAGGCCAAGGAAUACUACGAACGAGUUCUUGGCAUUGAAUUGAAGAAGCUUGGACCCGAGCACGUUGAUCUCGUGUCUAUUUACCUUAAAUUGGGCAUGGUACAGAGUAAAUUGGGCAACCUGAAACAGACCAAAGAAUAUCACGAACGAGCAUUGGCUGUGCGCCUGAAAAAUCUUGAACCUGACCAUGUUGAUAUGGCAAAUUCAUACCAUCAUUUGGGCAAUGUACAAUUUGCCAUGAAUAACGUGCAACAGGCGAAAGACCUAUACGAACGUGCUUUAGAAAUCCAAUUGAAGAAUCUUGAACCUGACCAUGUUUAUGUGGCUUUUUCCUACGAAGGCUUGGGAAGUGUACAGCGUAAAUUGGGUGUACUAGUAAAGGCAAAGGAGUACUAUAAACGUGCACUAAAGAUUAGGUUGAAAAGGCUUGGCCCAGUGCAUAUUGAUGUCGCAUUUACACACCAUAAUUUGGGUAUGGUGCAGCGUGAAUUGUGCCACUUGCAAAAGGCUAAGAAACAUUUGAAAUGUGCUCUAGACAUUACUUUGAAAAAGCUUGGACCCGAGCAUGUUGAUGUCGCGCGCAUUUAUGAUGACUUAGGUAAUGUUCAGUAUGAUUUGGGUGAAUUGCAGGAGGCCGCAAAACACUGCGAAUGUGCUCUAAACAUAAGGUUGAAAAAGCUUGGACCCGAACAUGCUGAGGUCGCCUCUUCUUACCAUAACCUUGGUUAUGUACAGUGUCAAUUGGGUGAUUUGCAAAAGUCCAAGGAAUGUUACGAACAAGCAUUGGCCAUACGCCAGAAAACUCUUGGAUGUGACCAUAUUGACAUGGCGAAUACAUACCAUCAUUUGGGUGUUGUAGAGUGUCAAUUGGGUGAUCUGCAACAAGCCAGGAAAUGUCACCGACAAGCAUUGGAUAUACGCCUGAAAAAUCUUGGACCCGAGCAUGUCGAUAUGGCGAAUUCAUACCAUUAUUUGGGUAAUGUACUGUUUGCAAUGAAUGACAUGCAACAGGCGAAGGAGCUUCACGAACGUGCUUUAGACAUCCAACUGAAGAAUCUUGAACCUGACCAUCUCUAUGUGGCGUUUUCACUCCAUAACCUGGGUGAAGUACAGCGAGAAUUGGGUAACCUGGUCGAGGCAAAGGAGAAUUAUGAACGUGCUCUAAAAAUUAGGCUGGAAAAGCUUGGAACCAGGCAUGGUGAUGUCCAGAGUACUCUACAUGAGUUGAGUAACGUACGACGUGCCUUAAGAGACUUGCAACACGACAGGGAAAGUCAUGAAGGUACUAUCGAGAAGGAUCAUGAACAGCGGAAAUGCUGUGUCAUCUCUUAA